CCGCAGCAACAUCAACAUCAUCGAGCGUGUUUUGGACGUUGAAAAAUUCGCUGUCGCAACCGUACGGUGCAAGUUUUCCGCGCUCUGAUCGUGUUCUGUCCGGUUCUGAUGCUCGCGCGUUAUCACCGGUUGGAUGGGGAAUGAAAAUUCGAAAAGUGAUAUGUUCGAAGGUUCUCGCGUUUGGCCUGGUAAAGUAUCUAUUCGUGGUGUGUGAUUUUGUAUGUGUAACGAAAAGUUUAGUGAAUAAUACAUACGCCAAAGAGAUCCACGAAGAGUUGCCGUUAUCGCUUUUAGGUGGUCUCUCGGUUGGGGCAACAAAAAGAGAUGCCGAAAGAUGUAACACACAGGAAGCUUCAAUUGGUGGAAGCAAGAUUUGAAUGAAUAGUAGGAAAGCUUUUUAAAUUUCGCGAUCGAUGCAGUCGAUCCGAUUUAAUUAAAUUGCCAGCAACAACAGUAGACGGGAUUGGUUCAAUGUAAUUUGUUCCUGCUUCGAUUGGUUUCGAUGUGUAUCGCGUUGAGCAGAAAAGCGUGACCCUGACGAGAAGUAAUUUGUAAAUUCGUGUAAAAUUCAAGUAUUAAAAAGGAAACAAGUAGGUUUACGUGUAUAUAGCUGAUUGUUCCUACGUGUUGACUAGUGAAAUGUGAAGCCUAAUGAAUUUGUGCAAUACUAAUGUUGAACGUGAUUUCGUGCGAAUAAAAUACCUCAUUGGUAAUAGUGCACUUGGCUGGCGGUUUCUGAUGGAUAUAUAGGUUAUGAUAAGUGUGCUACGGAUUGUUCCCGCUUCAGCCGUUUCCUGUCGAGAUGUGGUGAUAAUUCGGAAAUAGAAGAUACCUUAGGCCCGCAACUCAACCGCGGUGCAACUGUUAUAGCUAGCUUCAAAGUGUGCUGUGUGAUAAAGUGAAGUGAAAGAGAGCGAAAAAAUAGAAGCGUAAAAAUGGCAAUUUACGCUGAUUGUAUUGUAUUGGAAAAUAAUUAGCAGCUCAGUGAAUAGAAGCUAGGCACGCCGUUGAAGGAAAAGCGCCAUAGUAAAAAUAAAGUGGUGUACGCAUCAUUGCUUUCGCGAGGCCGUGUGUUUUUGUUUCUGGAACGCACCCAUACUGUUCGGACGAAAACACAUUUGGACAUUCGUCACCCCCAGCUGGGCAUUGGAGAAUUAGAAGCGGAGCCUACCGGUCUGCACGAUGGCUUACGUCGUUUGGCGGGUGCUGGUGAAGCAGUACUCCAAGGUACGCCUAGGGGUACAGCGCAAUUCGCAGCUGGAGGAUGAUCUCACACCCACCACUCGUCGGGCAAAAUCCUUCGAUGACAACGCGUGGAAAACGCAUGACGAGCGGCUGAACCUUUCCUCCAAGCUCACGGCCGUAUCUUCAGUGACCCUAUCGGCCCGCUAUUCGGCUAACGAUUCAAAUCCACCGUCGUGUACCAUCGCUGGAAACGCCGUCAGCUGUGGUGGCGGUUUGGACGAUAUUCUUGUGAUAGAAAGUGAAAGUGACCAACACCCCGAGCAGUCCCAUCAACACUAUUCGAACGGUGGAACCCUGACUCGGGGAGAGGUGCGCAAGAGCCGUUCCAAAAUGAAGAGCUACCUGAAACGGUGCAAGGAUGCACUGAUUGGGACCCAAACGACAGAGGACACAUGUCCAAUCACACAUCACGAAGCGAUUGUUCAGCACCAGCAGCACCAGUCCGUGGAGCCAGCCGUUCCGAUCCCGACCGCCAACUGGUACCUGGACGAUCAGCUGUGCGAGAUUCGACCGGAAGAUAACCGAGAACCGUAUUCCUCGUUUGCGUCGGUCAGACAGAGGGAACAAUUGGAAAGUGAAGAGCAGCAAUCGCAAAAACAACUGCCUCUUCAGGAACUGCAGAAUACGUCGCAUUUGGGCCAUGAGAGUAGUAGUGUGGUGGUGACGUUAGAGCAGCGGCCGACUGGCGAUUCCCAGAGUGAUGAUCUAUUGGAUUCCGUGAAUGAAAGUGGCACCGCAGGCGGUCUCGUUGCGCGGGGAUCAGAGAUUCCUCUUUCGUCACCGCCGAUGGCAACCGUGGGCAAUUUAUCAUCGAACGGUAUUGAGAAGCUGAUAGACCAGCACUUUGGGCCACUGUAUCCCGAUUACGUGGACCACACACGCCCGGUGCUGAUCCGACAGGCCCGCGAUCUACUGGUCUGUACCUUUCACGGCGAUCUGGAACGAUUCGAAACAGACUUCCUCCGUCCGGCGGCGGAUAUCGUGAGCGGAUUGCGGAUCGCUUAUCUUCAGGGAACGGUGAGUUCGAAUCUAUUGGUGAGACAAAGCAGAUACACGACAAUCGCCUGCGUCAUUGAGGUAAACUGUUUUAGUUUGAUGGACCUCAAACUGCAGACGAUAGAUAAAACGUAGCUCGAAGGAAUUUUUCCCAUCUGUUCGUGAGUGUGUUUACGUGUC